UUCCAAACAUGAACAAUUAGACAUUUGAUGAUGCUUUCGACGGUUAUGAAUUAUGAUUAUCCGGAUAUCACAAUUACGACGCUCACUACUGAACGUGGUUCAAAAGCUUGACUGCCCUCUGUUUCGAAUCUGUGGUACGAACACGAUUCUGGUGUGAUAAUAAGGCUUUGUGGCGUUCUGCUGCCACCUGGUGAUUGUGAAGGAAAAUGGUCUCGGGAUGCUGGGCCUGAGAGAGGAAGAGAACCUAGCUUGCAGUAUGAGUGAAUUAAAGGAUUGCCCUCUGCAGUUUCAUGAUUUUAAAUCUGUGGACCACGUAAAGCUCUGCCCCAGAUUCACUGCAGUGCUCUCACGGUCAGAAGAUGAUGGCAUCGGCAUUGAGGAGCUUGACACUCUUCAGCUGGAAUUGGAAACCUUGCUCUCCUCUGCAAGCCGUAGGUUGCGUGUUCUGGAGGCUGAAACCCAGAUUUUGACGGAUUGGCAAGAUAAAAAAGGAGACCGCCGUUUUAUGAAACUUGGGAAGGAGCAUGAGAUGGGCACGCCGGUUAAACACAGCAAACCCAAGAAGCAGAAGCUAGAUGGAAAGGGUAGUCAUGCUUCUGGUCAAGGUCCGGGAAGGCCCAAAUCAAGAAAUAUGCAAACCAAGAUUCAGGAAUAUGAGUUUUCAGAUGAUCCUGUAGAUGUGCCCAGAAUACCGAAAAACGAUGCCCCCAACAGGUUUUGGGCCUCUGUGGAACCAUAUUGCGCUGAUAUUACUUCUGAUGAAAUCAGAGUGCUGGAGGACCUUCUAAAAACCCCAGAGGAUGAAGCAGACUACUACAAGAUUCCGCCACUUGGCAAACACUACUCACAGCGGUGGGCACAGGAGGAUUUGCAGGAGGAACAGAAAGACGGAGCAAGGGCUGCUUUAGCAGGAGAUAAAAAGAAAGGAAUCCUUGGGCCUCUGACUGAGCUGGAUUCUAAAGAUGUGGACUCCCUACUAAAGAAAUCAGAAUCCCAGCACGACCAGCCGGAGGAUGGCUGUCCGUUUGGUCACUUGACACAGCGUCUCCUGCAGGCUCUUGUUGAGGAGAACAUCAUAUCUCCAAUAGAAGAUUCACCUAUACCAGAGAUUUCGGGGAAGGAGUCGGGAACAGAUGGAGCAAGUACGUCUCCUCGGAGCCAGAACAAACCUUUCAGUGCUCCACAUACAAAGUCAUUAGAGGGUCGUAUAAAAGAAGAGCUGAUAGCUCAGGGAUUGCUGGAAUCUGAGGACCGUCCUGCUGAGGAUUCUGAAGAUGAAGUCUUAGCAGAGCUGCGCAAGAGGCAGGCCGAGCUUAAAGCCCUCAGCGCUCACAACAGAGCAAAGAAACAAGAGCUGUUAAGGUUGGCAAAAGAAGAAAUGAAUAGACAGGAGCUGCGUCAGCGAGUGAGAAUGGCCGAUAACGAGGUGAUGGACGCUUUCCGUAAAAUCAUGGCAGCUCGGCAGAAAAAAAGAACCCCGACCAAAAAGGAGAAAGACCAGGCAUGGAAAGCGUUAAAAGAGAGAGAAAGUAUUCUAAAACUUUUGGAUGGUUGAAAGAGGAGCCCACAAAAGAACGGGAUUUUUUUUCAUAUCUUUGUACAUUGUUGUUCAGUUUUUUCAUGUCUCUUUUUUUAGGUUUAUGUUUUGUAGGUGUUGUUAGAUGUAAAGCAGGGCUUUAUUUGUUUUUCCAUUGUGAUCAUAAUUGUUUUGGACCUUUUUAUGAAUAAAAUUUUUAAAAACAAA